GAAAACGCUGACAGGUGGAGGCAGUCGACAGGUUUCGCCAACGCCCCAACUUCAGUCCUAACUGAGCGUGGCGCUGAAUCGAACGUAUUUUUCUGGCUCUUAAGUGCGCCACGAAAUACGUAAAAAACGAAAACGAAUCGAGAAAAAAAUACAAUAAAUAUUAGAUAUAGUAGGUGAUAAAAGGAAAAGUGAGAAUGCGCUUCAAACUGUUUGUGGUCUGUGCGCUGGCCUGCGGCUUCAUGGCCUACGUGCUGGCCAACGAGAAUGUAUCAACGGAAGUGGAAGAUCAAAUUAUAAAGACCGUGCCCGCGAAUAAAGCACCCAAAAUUGUUGAAGCUGCCGAAUUUGUCGAGAUUCCCGAGGAGCUCAAAACGACACCCGCUGUCAAAAAGGUCGACAAAGUGUCGCCACCCGCAGCAGUCGCUCCGGCAGCAGCAAAGGCAUCUUCUCCUGCACCAGCUGCGGCUAAGCCACAAGCCAAGCCAAUUGUACAGGCAGCAGUGGCAGCGGCGCCAAUGAAGCUGUUGCCCGUUGCCUCGAGUCGCGGCACCGAUGACAUUUUAACUGUGGCUGGACUGAAGCCACAGGCCAAAUCUGGGGCACUAGUUAUGCCAUUGGAAUACCUUGGCGAGCUGUACGAUGUGGAUACCAGUGGCUACAAUUGGGAUCCCAACAACAAUGUGGCGCCACCGGAUACGGCCUCAACCGCUGCUGGUGGUUAUACAAUUACCUCCGCCCGUCUCGCCGAGCUGCGACAAAAUUUCAUGUACUGGUUCUUCGACAAGGACAUGUAUGGUGGCCGUGGCGACUAUCAGUUUGACAUUCAUGCCUCGAUGACGCAGCUGCACAAGAAUCUGAACUUCCAGAUGCCCUUCUACGGUUUUCGUUUCAACUACACACGCCUCUCGCUUAAUGGCUACUUGGAGUUCUCUGACCCACCCGAAUAUCUCACCUAUCCACUGGUCUUCCCCAUCAAGGACUGGCCGGUUAAACGGGAUCCCUCGUUCAUGGGCAUCUUCUUCAGCAAGUGUCGCGUUGGCCGCAUCUAUCCCACUGAUAUCGACCAGCGUACACCCGGCGUUUACUGGCGUGUGGUACGUGAUCUGAUGGGACGCACGGACCGUUUUGGUGUCGAGGUGCGAGAGCGCACCAUGUGGGAUAUUCGCACUGGCGUUGUGGGUGCUGAUACCUUUGUGCCCAAGCACGUUGUGAUCGCCACUUGGAAGAAUGUCUCCUUUGCCGGCGGCAUUGACAACUCGCUUUUUACGACAAACACAUUCCAAAUGGUUUUGGCCACCGAUGAAGUCUACACUUAUGCCAUCUGGAACUAUGCGGUGCUUAAUUGGUUGUCGCAUACUGAAGCUGGCGGCGAUACGACCAAGGGCGAGGGUGGCACUCCAGCAUAUGUCGGUUUCAACGCUGGCAACGGCACCCAGGCUUAUGAGUAUAAACCUUACAGUCAGAACAUGGUCAUCAGGGACUUGGCCAAUCGUGGUUGGGGCAACGGUUUCCCAGGCCGACAUAUUUUCCGCCUCGAUGAACAAAUUCUAAUCGGCUCGUGCAACAAAGAUAUAGAUGCUGCGCUGCUGCCACUGACCUUUGCUCCCGAGUCGGGCAAUAUGUUGGGUGGCCAAGUGGUAAACAUAACUGGACCCUGCUUCGAUCCUGAUAUACGCGUCACCUGCCAUUUCGAUACCGAAUCGGUGCUGGGCACCUACGUCGAUCGCAAUCGUGUGAUUUGUGUGCAGCCCUUCCUCAAGGCCGAGGGUUAUAUACGCUUCCAGAUCUCGGUAGGCACUCAGCGUUUCAAGUGGCGUGGAAAGUACUUUGUGGAGACACCCGCCGCGGCCACCGAGAAGAUUUUCUUUGCCACCGACGAUGUGCACAAGAAGAAUCCCAACGAGAUUCGCAUUACCUGGAAUGCCUUCAAUUUGACGUCGAAUGCCAACGCGAAUGUUAUGAUUUCACUGUGGGGUUAUCGUGAAACAAAAAUCGAACCACAACUCGAAUACAUUGAUGUCAUCGAGGCCAGUCUGACAAAUACGGGCAGCUAUGUGAUCACGCCCUCCAAUUACCUCAACCGCCACAACAUCAACAAUGACAUGCAGUUUGGUUUCCUGCAGAUCAAUCUGACCCAGCCCGACCAAUACUCCAACCUGGCGCUUAGUCCCAUCCUGUGGUCACGGCCCAUUCCGCUGGCCUGGUAUAUGGCGCCCCAAUGGGAGCAGAAGCAUGGCAAACGUUGGCCCCGCGCUCUAUGCGAUAAUUGGAUCCGUGCCGACCGAUUCCUCAGAAACUUUGCCGCCGACUUGCCGCUGUGUCCCUGCACCCUGGAGCAGGCUGUGCUCGAUAAGGGUCGCUUCCGGCCGGAUCGUGAGUGCGACAAGGACUCGAACCCCAGUUGCUUGCGUCAUCGUGGAGCUAUACAUUGUGUCGUCAGUGGAACGCCAGUUGCCCAAGGUGCUGAGCAGCAGUGUUGCUACGAUCGCUAUGGAUUCCUGAUGUUGACCUACGAUCAAAUGUGGGGCUCACGUCCACGCCGUAUUCACAACCUGGGCAAGAUGCCGUGGAACGAGGCCAGCAAAGUGCCAUCGCUUUCGAUGUGGUUCCACGAUAUGCGUCCCUUCUACUCUUGCUGCUAUUGGCAGGAAGAACAGGCUGUGGGCUGUGAAACUUAUCGCUUUGAGCGUCGUCCUUCUCAGGAUUGUGUUGCUUAUCAGGCACCUGGUGUGGCUGGCGUCUUUGGUGAUCCACAUUUGAUUACAUUUGAUGGCACACAGUACACGUUCAAUGGUUUGGGUGAGUUUGUGUUGGCUCGCAGUACCGAUCAAAGCGAACGCUUUGAGGUGCAGGGUCGCUUCCAGCAGAUGCCACCGAAUUAUUAUGGCCAGGUGAUGGCCACUCAGCUGACUUCCGUUGCCAUGCGUGGUAAUACAACAACGACAAUUGAGGUGCGUCUGCGCCCACUGCAUGCUCGCUGGCGUUAUCGUCUGGAUGUGCUUGCCGAUGGACGAAAGGUGUACUUUGAUCGCGAGAGCUUGAAGUUCCAGCACUUUGAUGGCGUCACCGUCUAUACUCCAACGUAUCUGCUGAAUCAGUCACAGGUUGUGGUGCAAUUUGAUGCUGGCAUUGGCAUUGAGGUCGUGGAGAACGAGGGCUUUAUGACGGGUCGUGUCUUCUUGCCGUGGAAGUUUAUUAAUAAAACUGCUGGCUUGUUUGGAAACUGGAGCUACAACAAGUUGGAUGACUUUACGCUACCCAAUGGCCAAGUGGCCUCCAUCAAUACCAACGACAUGCGCAGUCUGUAUUACAACUUUGGCCUCAAAUGGAUGCUCACGGAUCGCGAUGUCUCUGGUGUGGGUGCAGCGUUGUUUACACGCGAGUUUGGACGCAUGGCCAGCUACUAUUCGAAUGCCUCGUUUGUGCCGAACUUUGUGAUGAACCCGGUUGAUUUCUUGCCCGCCAAUCGCAGCUAUGAUGUGGAUCGUGCUGAGGAGUUGUGUGGCGAGUGUUCACAGUGUGAAUAUGAUUAUGCAAUGACGCUAGAUCGAGAUUUGGCGCACUUCACAAAGAACUAUUACGAGACUUUGGUCAACAUGCAGACGGAGAAUGCACAACGCGUGGUUUCAUGUGGCGUGCUGCAAACGCCGCGCUUUGGACGCAAGCUCAGCUUUGACUUUAUGCCUGGUGCAAAGGUUGCAUUCGAGUGCAAUGAAGGCUUCAUUUUGGUGGGUGAUCAGCGUCGGGAGUGCUUGGCGAAUGGUCUGUGGAAUUUACCUGAAUAUGGCUACACCGAGUGUCUGCGUGAAGUGUAUUACACGCGUCGGGUCGCUUUCAUUGCAAUUGGCAUUAUCCUGCUCGUUAUUGUCCCGCUGAUGCUGUGCAUUGUGUGCGGCGUCUAUCGCUAUCGUCAGAAGCAGUUGAAGGAGGAUCCCCACUGGCAGAUGCCUGUGCUGCCGCGUUCACGAGCCGGCUCGGCGCGUAAUUUGCGUGUGCUGAACUAUGAUCCCGAAGACGAUAGCGAUACCGAUGCGAGCACGCUGAAAAAAAGUAGGUCCUACGAUAAAGUAUAUCGCACGAACGAACCAUUACCGGGCAAACCGCAAAUUGAUUUUCCAGCUAAGAAAUGGGAUCUGGACAUGAACGACGAGGAUGUGACAUCAUCGGAAGGUAGUGAUAAUAGAACAAGCACAAAACGUGCCACGGACAUUUCCUACAUUAAUAAAACUAACGCUGCCCAUGCAACAGGUGAGAAACCCAAGCAGACCGGACGUCGCUCCCUCCGCUCUGGCUCCGGCACCGAACUGAAUCACGAUGGCACCGCCAUCGACGAUGAGGCUGGCCAUCACGACGAUGAUGAUGACUACGAUGAGGGUGACAUACACACGGGCACCGUCCAUCCGGCUGGCUACCAUCAGCCGCUAUCGCCCGAGGAAGCCGACCACUUGCAUCAGCAGCAAUACAGCCCGACGUUCAGCGGCGUCGAUAGUCGCACAAGUGGCGCCAGCUCCAUCAACUACACGCCCCAGGCAGCGGCACAGAAUCGCUUUGGUGGCGUGCCCGUGUUGCCCAACAACACGCAGUACUACAAUAGGCCGCCAUCGGGUGUGCCACAAGCAACUGCAGCUGCCACAGCAACGCCUGUGCGCAUUGCGCCCACACAGCUGACGCAAGACAGUGGACUGCCCUCACCACCGCUGCCACAUGCCACAUCGCCAACGCCAUCGGUGCAAAAGUCCACAGAGGUUUAGGACUUGCCACCAAAACUCAUGCAUUCCAUACUACAUUUGCCUAAUGUGCACAGGCUACAAAGUUCAAAUUUGUAUAACUAAUUUCAUACACACACAUAUAACAUAACAUAUAACAUUACUAUUAUACUACCUAAUAAUUAUUGUACUUGUAUUGUUUAACUUUGUAAAUUGCCCACCUGUCAUCGUAAUUUGUACUCGUAAUUGUUUCUGCCGUUCUUCGACCAUGACUUUUGCAAUUUUCACCACUUACAAAACAAUACAACAUAUAUACUAUAGUCCUAUGCAUAAUGUAUAACCCAAAUAGCCCAAGAAUAUUAACUUUACUGUUUACUGUUUACAUUUUAUUAUUUAAAUAUUUCAUUCAACACAAGGGAAUUUGUUCUUGUUGGACAUUUUGUACAUUUUGCCACUGGUUACGAGUUAAACAAUUAUCUGUUUUUGUCAAUUGUAAAGUUCAUCAUUUAAUAAAUAAUAAAAUACUUUGUUAAUACUAAACUCGUAUGUUAAAGUUUCCCACAAUUUUCAGCGUGCUCACAUAAUGCCAAUUGUUACAUGAAAGUUGACACCUCGCUCUGUUUUUUGUCAAGUAAAUUGAAAGUUUCCUUAGUACCUGCAUCGAAGAUAAUCCAGCGAAUGUCUGUCAAUUUUCUGUAAUAAUUUGCAUAACGAGCAAAACCAAAUUGCAUUCACAAUUUACACUACGCAACACACUUAAGCACAGCUUCAUAAAU